AUGCCUAGAACAUGUGAUCAUUUGAGAAAAAAUGCAUUAAAUACUGUUCAAUAUGCUGAAUUCAAUAUCUCAAGCUGUAACUUUGGAAGAAAUGAAGCAAUUCAUACUGGUAAACAUCUUGUACCUCUUCUCAGUACUUAUAUGCCUAAGUUACAAACAUUACGUCUUUGGAGACCAGAUGACUUUCCUUGGACAUCGAGUGUUUAUUUAUUAACAAAAUAUAAUGAACACAGAGCUAUCUUUGAACAAGAUCUUUCUCAAUUAUUUGAACAAUUAAAACGACUCGUCUAUCUUGAUAUUCAUCGCGACACAGCAUCUGAAAUAAUCGAACCUUAUCGUUUAAUGGUUCAAACUCGUUUUCGAAAUAGUCGAAUUGAUAUUCCAAUAUCAAGAUUCGUCUUUGGAUGUAAUUAUUGA